UUUGUCACUAUCCCACCAUGAACAAUGGCAUUUUCUUCAGAAAGCAUAUUCUGCACUAUCCAUCCCUUAAAAAGAAUCCAUUAAUCUCCUUCAGAACUGACCUCAUCCCGAAAAUGGCCAUGUCUAACAAUUUUACCUUCUUCAUCUUUAGCUUAUUUCUUCUCUACAUAGCCUACACCAUCCCUAAACAACAGCCUUGUCAAGAUCAAGAGCCAAAACAAACUAAUCUUCUACUCUAUGUCCACGACUAUUUCACAGGGGAUGACAUGUCAGCCAUAACGGUGGCCGGAAAAAGCGGGUCCAACUUCCACAUCCUACAGUUUGGGACUGUUGCAGUUGUUGAUGAUCUAAUCACUGAGGGCCCCACAGUUGAGUCCAGAGAGAUUGGUAGGGCCCAAGGGACUUACACCAACUCUCAACUUGAUGGGAAAGGCUUAUACAUGGUUUUCUCUCUUAUUUUCACUCAUGGAGAGUAUAAAGGCAGCACUUUGGAGAUUCAAGGAUCUGAUAUAUUUUCAUUGAAGGAAAGGGAAUUUGGGGUUGUUUCUGGUACUGGUUUUUUCAGAUUUGUUAAGGGUUAUGGUACUAUGCAAACUCAGUUCAUGGAUAUACCUAAUUUGAGAGCUAUUAUCAAGCUUAAUGUAACUGUCAAGCAUUAUUAAUAAUGAAAAAUUUAAAUAAUGUAAUUCAAAGAAUUAUUGAGCUUGGAUAUAAGAAAUUGGUUAAAGAAAAUCAACAA